AACAGCCAAGUGAGUUGCGAUAUCAUUUUGAUAUUGAUUCUGCUCACUUGGUUGGUGAUCAUAUCCCGUCCAUUGGUCCGUUGGCUUUGUUUACGCUGGCCAACUUUUCCUUCACGUUAUAGAAGCCCAAUCACUUUGGCGUUCCCGUUGCUAGCCUACACGAAACUGUAGAGUUGUGCAAAAUUCCCAACUUCCGCUUGGGUGAAUUUGGCUUCAACGGCCGUUGGAAGGUCAGCAUUUUUUUCCCUUUGCUCGGUGGUUCUGCCACCAUGCUGCCUUCACAAGUGGCUACCUUCGUCGACUGCGUUCUUUUGCCCGCGAUUGAAUUGGCAUCUCCUUUUGAGUGUCAAAACUUUGGCCUCGAUUAUCAAGCUGAAUCAGAACGCCUAAGAGAUGCAAACGGCCGAAUUGUAGCCAAGCCAGCCAUGCUCGAUACCAUGAGUGUACCUGCUCUCAUUGAGGGUAUGCGUGCACUGGUUGCUGAAAGCCAGCGUCUGAAAGCACUUUUUGGAGACUUUUUUUUUGACACCUGGUGUAUGGGCAUCAAAGGCCCAUUCAGGGAGUCUCCACAGACCUCCCUUACUGAUAUCAACUGGGAUUUGGUCGAUCCAAAUACCUCCUACAUCGAUGUGGGUGCAGAAGUCCUGCCGGUUUCUGAUGAAUUUUUGGUCGGUGUACCGACAGACAGCUCGCAUGAAGAGCUUAUUAACCAGCUAUCCGGUCCCUUGGGUUCGUCUGCUUAUCAGUACAGAUACGAUCGACUUUCGCAUUUGCGAGGCGUGGGUGGUUUUGCGCUGUACCUGAAAGAUAAUACACCAACCAAUGACUUCGGAGCCGUCUACGCACAGGCGUACAGCAAAGUAAAAGUCCCUUUUUACAACCUUGCUGCAAAUAAGGACCGAAGUGGUAUUGCCAUAUCUCCUUCCCAAAUUUUCUCAAAUUCUUUCUCAGGUUUUAAAGUAGGUUAGCUUGAAAAUUUUAGUUGGUGCAGACCUGAUUCAGUAACACUGCUAAUAUUAUAUAGACCUUUGUAAAUGCAACAAUGGCAGCUCU